AUGGAUCGCCAACCAACAGCCAUCUCAACAUCCCACACAGCCCCUCCCUCAGAAGGUACACAGCACACCUACACACUUCCAAUUCUGCACAAGCUGACUUCGUCAUCUGCAGCUCCGACUUCUCCAUCCGCCCAAGCCGGUGCCGACCGAUGCAUGCGCCACACGAAUAGCUGGACGCCCUCUAUCCAGCGACGACAGAGCUGGAGUCCUGAGGAGCAGAAGCAUGAGAUGCACAUGGACAAGAUUGGUCAGGUCGCUACGGGUCCUGGAUUUACAGAGCGAGAGGGCUCUUAG